AAACCAAUCUCGAAAUGGAUUAACUCAAGAGAAUGUUUCAUCUCUAAGCUAUUUUACUAGUGAAGUAAAAAAAGAAGCAAAACCUGUUAUAAUAGAUGAAGUUCAGAUGCCACAACCAGCACAAUGGCUUGAGUUAGGAGUCGCUGUUGAUUACUCAGUAAUAGAAUUUCAUGGUGAAAGGAUUCAACAAUAUAUUUUUGCUCUUCUGAAUAUAGUAAGAGCAAUUUAUAGAGACCCUUCUCUUGGAGCAAAUUUGACAAUUGUAAUUGUUAGAAUAAUAUUCUACAUUGAUAAAGAUAAUAAAAUGAUUUAUCAGGGAAAUGCACGCACAUCGUUAGAAAAUGUCAACAAGUGGAAUCGCAAAAUCCUUUCUUCAAGUAAUAAGCUUCACGACGUGGCAGUUUGGUUGACAAGACUAGACAUCGGCGGACCAUCAGGAUAUGCUCCAGUUUCUGGUGCUUGUGAUCCUUCACGAUCUUGUGCCUUAAAUCGUGAUGAGGGUCUGACAAGUGCUUUUAUUAUCGCUCAUGAAAUAGCUCAUAUUUUAGGAUUAACCCACGACGGAGAUGAUGCAAGUGACAACUCCUGUAGCUAUGAAGCCUCUGAAGGAAGUAUUAUGGCACCUGUUGUAUCUGCGACAUUCCAUAGAUUUCACUGGUCACCUUGCUCGAGAAAAGAAUUUUAUCAUCGAUCAAAACAAUGGGAAUGCAUGAAUAACCCACCAAGCUUUAAUAAUUCGACUCAUUUAAAAACAACUCUACGUGAUACUUUUACAAUGGAUGAACAAUGUCGGAUGGAAUUUGGCGAUGGAUAUGAACUGUGUAAAAGAUUGAAUCUUCCAGGAAUAUGUAUUCAUCUAUGGUGUGCUCACAAAGAUGAAAAUCAAAUGUGUAAAACAAAAAAAGGACCACCUUUGGAAGGAACGCAAUGUGACAAAGAUAAAUGGUGUAUUAAUGGAUAUUGUGAAACAGUGGACCACAAUAUAUUUACCCUUGGUUCUUCCAUUAACAAUUUAGUGGACAGUAAAUGGAGUCCAUGGAGCUUAUGGAGCAAAUGCUCAGUUACGUGUGGGAUUGGCGUUCAGAUUCGUCGCCGGCAGUGUAAUAAUCUCACACCUUUUUCUGAUGGCAGAGAUUGCGAUGGAAAUAGCACAGAUUUCCGGAUUUGUAAAGAAAAAGACUGUCCACAAAUAAUAGAUCUACGAAGUGAACAAUGUUCUCAACUUGCCAAUAUAAUAAAAGAUAAAACACCAUCAAGAAAAAAUCAAGUCACUUGGUUACCAUACGAACAUGAAGAUAAGAGCCUUAAAUGUCGACUAACUUGUAGGAACGUUGAAACUAAGGAAAUUUACAUUAGCAAUGAUUUCCUCAUUGAUGGUACUCGGUGUUCUUACGACUCAACGAAUAUUUGUAUUCAAGGCAAAUGUCAUUUGAUGGGCUGUGACAAUGUGUUGUAUUCAAAAAAAGGUCUUGAUCAGUGUGGGAUUUGUGAUGGAGACAAUUCCACAUGUAUCAGUGUUAGUAACAAGUUUCAACGUAGAAUUCGGCGAGCAACUACACGAGUAGUAAUCGUGCCUCCAGCAUCAUAUGAUAUCUUGGUAAGCAUAAAGACAAUUCCGAUGCCUCUUGAAUACGAAAGCUCUAAAAUAGUGUUUCGCGAUGCACAAAGACAUAAACACGAGAUAAGUUUAAACUUACAAAGUUACGUUACUGUGAUGAUAGUUGAAGGAACGAAGUUUAAAAUACAGAAGAAUGACAAUCAAUACGAAAUUACUGGAAGAGGACCCACUCUGGCAACUGUAACAAUUUCACUGAAAAUUCCCAAGUAUGAAGUGAAGAAGAGUUUGAUAAUUUUAGUCAGCUUUCGUUAUAUGACUAAUCGUGAAAAUGAAGAUAGCAACAAUAAAUAUUCAUGGAUUUCUGGAGGAUGGAGUCCUUGUUCUCAUUCUUGCGGAGGUGGAGUACGCUAUCGGACAGUAGCUUGCAGGAAUGAACAAGAUGGAAGAAUUGUUAAUAAUAAGAAAUGUUCAUUGGUUUCAAAACCUACUCAAGAAAUGGAGAAAUGCAAUACUUUUAGUUGUCAAUUCAAAUGGAUUACUGGCAUGUGGGAAGGUUGUACCAAAACAUGUGGUGCGUCAGGUGUUCAACAGAGACAAAUUUAUUGUGUGCAUUCAUCAUUUCCUGAUAAUUACGUAACGAAUGAUAAUAAAAAGAAAAUUUAUCAAGUUAUGGUACCACCAGAUCUCUGUAAUCAAUAUCAACUUCCCAAAAAUCAGCAAGAAUGUAAUAGAAUUCCUUGCCAAGGCAACUGGCUUUUUACAGAUUGGUCGCCUUGCACUCGAUCAUGUGCUAAAGGAAUACAGUCACGAAUGGCUCGUUGUGUGCCUCCAGAAGCUGAAAAUUUAUUUACUUGCAAUGGUACAGCUCCCAACGAGCUGAGAACUUGUAAAAAUUCGGAACACAGUCCAGUUGUUUGUGAAAAAAAUUGCAAAAGAAACAAAAGUCGGUAUUGCGUUAUACCAAAUCUUAAAAAGUAUUGCAUCAUUCCUGAAUUUUAUAAACGAUGCUGUCGAACGUGUUUAAAUUAA